AUGGACUCCAUCAAGCAGGCCGCCAACUACGUCUCUGACUCCGUCAAGUCCGCCACCUACGGCGCUUCCAAGGAGGCCAACAAGGAGGUUGCCAAGGACAGCAACGCCCCCGUCGGCACUCGUGUCGAGGCUGGCUUCGAUGCCCUCAAGGACAAGUCCAACGAGCACAAGCACGACGCCUCCGCCGAGGCCAACAAGCAGGCCGCUACCCACUAA